CCCGCACCUAACCCGCCUCCAUUGCCACCAAAACAGACUAUCCCGCGGAAAGCUUCUGCCCCGAUCCCACCACCCCCGAUGAUUCCACUGCCACGUCAGCCGCUACUGAGCACACCACCGUCUGGGCCUGCAGGUGGGCCCCCAAUGGGUGUGGGGCCACCACGAAAGCCACCACCUCUUCCGGAUCACCGAGAUCGAAGACCCUCCAUGAUUGGUGCGCCCCCGUUCCGUGGCAGUACCUCUUCGAUACCACUGCCGAAAGGCCCGCCGCCUCCACAGGCUACACCUUCCUCUGGAGGAGGCACAUGGAUUCGACCACCGUCGCAUAUUCCUACGCAAAGCAUAAGAUCGCCGUCACCGGAUCCGAAUGCAAUGCAAAUUGAUGAUGAUCUCAAUAGCCCAGAAGAUUCUCUACGGAUUGCAGAUGAUUAA